AUGCCCCGUUCCCUCCCGCCUAAUAACAAGCCCCAGCAGGCGAGCAGGCAUGGAGGCGACAAUGGCCUCGCGCCGCUCGAGGGCCCGUCUGAGACACCGGGUAAAGCGAGGCGGUUCUCCUUCUUCGACUUCCCGCCCGAGAUACGCAACAUGAUCUACCACUACUCCCUGCACCGCCCCGACUGCGCAGACCUGUACCGGGGGUACUACAGGCAGGCCGCCGCGCUGCCCAGGGCCCAGCGGUGGCACCGGGCGCACCUGAGGACGCCGACCAUCCUGCUGCUCUGCAGGCGCAUCACCGCCGAGGGCAUGCCCGUCCUCCGGGCGCAGUGGUUCGUCAUCGACCGCCUGCCGCCGUGCAUGCCGCCCACGCCGGACGGGAAGGGGGGGUUCCUGCGCAUGUCCAACUUCAUCGGCCGCGAGACCCUGCAGCGGCUGCACUACAUCGACCUCCGCGUCGGCCUGGGCGAGGGACCCCUGGGCAGCGGCUGGAUAUGGAACAGGGUGCUCGACGAGCUCGUCGGCAUCUUGAGCGAGAGGAACGCGCUUGUCCACUUCCGCCUGCUCAUCCGGAGGUGCAACCAGGAGGACAGCCCCUCGGUCUGGGCCACUGAGAGGACCGAAGAGGGGCAAAUUAGGAAGGUGUGUGCGUGCCUUUUCCCUGAACUCGUCGUCGUGGGCACGUACUUUACUGACAUGUGGAGAAAGAAAAUCACUGGCUUUCAGAUGUCCAACCCGAACAUCUUCAGACCAGGCAAACUCACCGUAGAGACGUGGCGCAUCGAAGGCCAAAAAGCCACCUUUCUCGCUGGUCAUCACCAAACGAAGGCCGAGGAGGGCUCUGAGCCGCCGUGUAGGACCUAUCCAGACCGCGAGCUGUUCCCUGGGUCAAUAAUGCAAUUUGUGGACGCAUUGCCCGAGGCAGAUUGGAGUGAUGAAGAAUAA